AUGGAUCCAGAUGGCUCAGGCAUUUGGCAGUCUGUGAUCAGCUGUCAGUCAAGUGGUCUGUCUGCCUGUCAGUGUGUCUCAUUCUUUCUCUUUUCAAUCAAAGUUUCAAAGUUAGAGUUAAAGACAUACACUAUGGCAAAGUCUAAAAACCACACAAAUCAUAACCAAAACCGGAAAGCUCACCGAAACGGUAUAAAGAAGCCUACGAAGUUCAGGCAUGAGUCUACCCUUGGUAUGGAUCCAAAAUUCUUAAGAAACCAACGGUUUUGCAAAAAGGGGAACUUGAAACCAGCCAAACAGCUUGCACGUGCUGCCGAGAGGAAAGCCACGCGGGAAGCUAAAGCUAAAAAA